AUGGGCCCCACCCACCUCCCGCCAGAACUAGUCCGCAACCUUCUCGGCGCGCCACCGUCCCCGCCAACCCCCGACCUCAAGUCAUACCCAGUCAUAACGCCGUCGACAAACAACAUCGCAUACCAUGCCGAGCGGUCGUCCCCAAGCGACAUCGACACGGCGGUCACCGUCGCCCACAACUACCGCCGCACAUGGGCGAGCACGCCGCUGCGGAACCGCACCGACGUCGCGCGGCGCGCGGCCGCCUUGCUCCAGGACGAGUCGUCGGGCUGGGCCGAACGGCUGCUGGCGAGUAAUGUCGCCGAGACGUCUGUUUCCGCCUGGUGGGCGUCCGAGCAGAUCCGCUUUCUGCCAGGGUUCAUGAAGCACCUUGCUAGCUGUGCCAAAGAUGCGCUGGCGCCGGAGGAGGUCGUCGCGGGGAACUCCAAGUUUACGCUCACGCGCGAGCCGUACGGCGUGUGUCUUGCGAUCGGGACGUGGAACGCAGCCCAAGUCCUCACCAUGCGCGCGGUCCUCACCCCGCUCAUCGCGGGCAACACGGUCGUCCUCAAGACGUCCGAGGCGAUACCGUACACCCAAGUCCUGUGGGCCGAGCUACUGUACGCUGCUGGCUUGCCGCGGGAGGCGUUGACGGUGGUUCAUGUCGCUGUUGAGGAUGCUGAGGAGUUGGUUGGGGCCUUGGUGGCGGACAAGCGGGUGCGCCACGUCAACUUCACCGGCACCACGCGCGUCGGGUCCAUCAUCGCCUCCCUCGCAGGCAAGCACCUCAAGCCAACGCUCAUGGAGCUCGGCGGGAAAUCCCCCGUCCUGCUACUGCCCGACGCGCCGCUCGAAGUCGCAGCGAGCCAUAUCCUCUUCGGGGCCUUCAUGAACAGCGGCCAGAUCUGCAUGGGCACCGAGCGCGUGCUCGUGCCGGCGUCGCAGUACGACGAGCUGGUCGGUCACCUGCGCGAGGCGUGGGCCGGCGCCCAAGUAAAGCGGUACGCGACGAUGCACGCCGCACACGCGGGCGACCGGAUCCGCGAGCUCGUCGCGGACGCACUGGCGAACGGCGCGUCCCGCGUCCUCGGCGACGCGGGCGACGCGGGGGCGGGAGCGCUCGUCGUGCCCCAUGUUCUUGGCGACGUGGGGCCCGAGGCCCGCCUGUAUGCCGAGGAGAGCUUCGGGCCCGUCGCGGUGCUGAUCAAGAUCCCCGACGACGGCCUGUCCGAGUCGAGCGUGAUUGACGCCAUGGUCGCCAUUGCGAACGAGAGCGAGUACGGCCUCAGCGCGGCCGUGUGGGGGCGCAACGCUGCCCGAGCUGCGCGUGUCGCCCAGCGCCUCGAGUGCGGCAUGUGCCAUAUCAACUCGCCGACGCUGAACGACUUGCCGACCGUGCCGCAUGGCGGGUGGAAGGCUUCCGGCUGGGGACGGUUCAACUCUUCCGAGGGGCUGAGGAACUUUACCCAGGUCAAGAGCAUCGAGGUGCCGCGCGAAGUGUUCGCCAUCCCGCUUGACACGCUCGAGCUGUAGCGAGCGAGUCGCGGCCGUGACCUGCCACAACUGUGUACGACUGUCCCGACCACCGCCCCAUCACCACUGUAUCAAAAUCCACGCUCACAAUCUGUAAGAUACUAUGCAUAUGAGUACGAGUCA